AUGUCGCCUUGGACCGUCGCCUCUUGCAGCAUACUCGGACUCACGCUGCUCAACUUCCUCUUCGUCGCGCAUGUCUUGCGUGUAUUCGAAGGACUCCUGCCAACACCCAUCACAUAUUCCUACGUCGGCGACGACUUCCCCACAGAGCUCCCGACCCGGCUCGCCGCCGUCGGGCUCGUAGUUGAAGACGGCGCACCGCGCUUCUCGCUCACCGCCGAUAACGAGUGGGCGACCGUCUACCCCGCCAACGACGGGUUCACCGCGCUCGGCCCCGCGAACCGCACGUUCCUUGUCGCGAUGGUGCACCAGAUGCACUGCCUGGAUGUGCUCCGCGUCGGCUUCGCGAUGCACGGGGCGCCCGAAUACACGGCCCACGCAGAGCACUGCCUGCGCUACCUGCGCCAGGCGAUCUUGUGCGCCGCGGACCCGACCCUGGAGCCGAGCACGCCGCGGCUGAACAAGCACCGGGAGUGGACGCAUGCGGCAUCGGGAGAGGGGUCGGUGCAUCGCUGUAGGGACUGGACCGCGCUUGGGCGGUACCUUGCGGAGCACCCUCCGGGGCCACUUGACCACCGAGUACUGAGUAACGAUCGAUGA